CACGGUUAAUAAAAAUUAAAAAAGAUGAUGUCCACUUGGGCGCCAGGCUGCAUUGAGCAGUCUGGAACAAACGGCACUUGAAACCGUGCAGUUCCCUUUAGCUGCCAAGAUUGGCACCGCUGCUCCUUCUACUCACUCGACCAAAAUCACAAACGGAAACUGAAUGACCUGUACUCCUGGCUCUUCACUUCUUGUUGUGCCAAUUUUUCCUGGGCCUACAGGGAACUGGGCUCUGUCCUAGAGAAUUCUAGAUGUCUAGGUCCUGUAGGGUCCCAUGUGUCCAAGAUCAGCUAGCCGUAUCGUUACUUGGAGGUCGCAGGUGCAAAGAGGAUGUCAUACCUCAGGAACUUCUAUCACCAUUCACAAAGGACAUUCAGGAAAGCUAUGUGGGGGAAACACUUCGAACUUCAUUGGUCCAUUACAGGCUUCUACCGGAAACACGAUCCCUUGAAGACAUUGAUUCACCUCCAAAACGAGGGAAAAUACCAGAGGCUGUUGUCAGCCAGAUACGGGUGGCCAUGGCUCACCAGGCAGAAGACGAGAACAAUCAUGAAAUGCAGAUUCGUCGGCGAAUCUUUCUCCUGGAGAAAGCAGGGGAAAGCACAAUCUUCAGUGACCGUGAGGAUCAAGAGAAUUGGGGUAAGAUUUACAUUCCGUAUCCACUUCCUCGUCAUCAUCCCAUUGUCGCACUUCAUGUGGGUGUGCCGACUCUGCAAGCAGCGACAAUGCCUGGGCCCGGAAAAGAGCCUGCACGUGGAGCAGCAGCUACUGGAUCUUCUGCAGCCAAUGUGAUCCAUGCAAGGAAGGGUCCAGACCUUGUUCCAACCGUGCUAGCGGGCCGAAUUCGCUCGAAGAACCUUCAGUCAAAGCUGCUGCGAAAGCCCGAACGAUAUCUUCUCCUGGAUGAUAAGCCAUUGCAGCUAACGCUCUGCUCCUGUCCCUGCCACUACUCCUUCGCUUCCUGCCCUAGUCUCUGCGUCAACCCUGGCAAGAAUCCUGCCAACUGUUGGAUUAGGGGGACCCACUCCAAGGGUACCGGGGACCCACAGUCGGCAAUGUUGGUCCCAGGGGGAGGUGGCGGUCUAGGGGUUAGAAACCAGGGGCCAAGAGGAUCUGAUCUCCUGGGCAUCCAACGUCACCACACGUGGAAUUACCUUGGCCGGACAUCGGCAACGCAGAUCCAUGCUCAUCUUGAUCAUCAUCACCAUCACCAUCAUCACAGCCUGCGAGAUGCAGGCGUCCCAGGUGCCGAGUACAACAUAGUUCGCCUUGACAAGAGGCCCAAGCUAUCCCUGGCUCCUUUGGAUGUGCUUGCAGUCACUAAGCUGGCGAAUACAAGUGGGACAGCUGCAGCACAGCAUCAUGGCAAAGUAUCCGGGAUGCAUUCAACGGAGACAAGCGAGGGAUCAAAACACUCAAAAGCACUGCCUUCUCCUGUAUUCAGCCAUGUUGUGGGGGAGGAAGGAAAGGGAGGAAGAAGUUUAACAACACAGGAAGGACCUACUUUUUCUCCCUUGUAUAGCAGGUCCGAAUCGUGCCCAGUUUGACUCAAGGCGGCCACUUCCCUUCACAUUCAACAUGUUAUUGUUCCAAAGAUUCCAUGCUCCCAACCCUAUCAACCCCACACCCCUUAUCCUUCUCCUUUUUUUUUUUUUUUUUUUCUUUUUUUGACAACGGCCUGUGCAGAUCUGCUAGGGAAGGUGAUAAGAGCAGCCUUCCCUAGCAGCCUGCUGGUAGCCGCUCCAUCUAUUGGUGGGGAGCUUCACCUGCUGGAAAUCGGGUCGAGCGUCCCUUGAGUACACAAUUGAGUACAUAGUUAUCAUAACACCAUCGCAGCAAAGUAGGUUUUUCAGAGGGUGGAUUUUUUUAUCAAAACCGGUCGCGCGACAAAAAAUGUGUGAUCGCGGCCUACCGGUCCUUCGGCAGUUUCUACGUGGCGGGGGGGACCGGUGGUUUAACGGUGUACGUGGUUUAGCUAGCCUGACUGGUGGAGAGCUAAUGAUCUGUAGUACAAUGUCAAGUAAGCUCAAGUUCCGUUACGGCAAGCCGAAUGUUAGCGAGGCACUGAACUUCCCUUAAUUUUGUUCCGCGCUGUUAGCCUGAUGAUGAUCAAUAACAAAUUAGUGCAAACCCU